UCUUCUUCAACGUCUUGUGUCUGAAUAAUUACUUCGCUUCCCUUCUCCCGUCGCCACAAACCAAUCCAGCACAAUUGCACCUUCUUCAUUGCACGCGUACUCAGGAGUCAUUCGUCAAGCCUAUGCUGUUGCUGCGGGAGUGUCCGAGUUGAGCUAUUGUCGCUGCAAGGGAGCUCAGACCUUCAAAAAAUGGGCCAGUCCAUUGGAACGUUGUUCGGGGGCAAUUUGAACGUGCUCGGAUUGGGUAACAGCAUCACAGCCGACGAGGUCACCAAGAAUCUCAACCUCGAGGAUUAUACAGCAAUUGUUACGGGUGGUUCUUCUGGUCUGGGAAGGGAGUGUGCCAGGGUAUUAGCCAAGCGCGGUGCCCAUGUGGUGCUUGCUGCAAGGAGAGCAGAUGUGCUCCUGGAUGUCAAAUCCCUCAUUAUCGCAGAGACUCCGACUGCACGCGUGGAGUGCAUGCCUCUCAACUUGACAGACAUGAAGUCCGUUCGCAAUUGCAGCAACAAUGGGGGAAUCUUUGCGAAGCAAUUCACUCCUACGGACGACGGCAUCGAGGUUAUGUGGGCUACGCACGUCCUUGGUCAUUAUGCGCUUACAAUGAUGCUCAUGGAUAAGCUAAAAGACACAGCCGCAGAAAGUGGUAUUGAAGGGCGGAUAAUGUUUACGGGAUCUGAAGCUCAUCGCAUCACCUAUGAGGGUGGCAUAAAUUUUGAAGCCUUGACAAACCCAAACCUGUACUCGGCAUACCAGGCAUACGGACAAUCGAAAGUUGGCGACAUUCUUCUGUCAAGAAUGAUAGGACAACAGUUGAAGAGGGAAGGCGUGAAUGUGGUCGCUAAUUCAGGCCACCCAGGAGCAGUGAAGACUGCACUUGGUCAGAAUUUCUUUGAGAAGGGUACCACAGAGGUGGGUUCCAAUGUGUCAAAGCCAUUCAUUAAAUCCGCGAAUGAGGGAGCUGCGAAUCUCUUGUAUGUUGCGACAAGCCCAGAGUUGAAGGGUGUAUCAGGGAAGUAUUUCUCUGAUCGGAAGGAGAUCCAGCCAAGCUCGUAUGCUAGUGACGAUGCGCUUGGCGAAAAAGCCAUUCAGUACUGUGAGCAAUUCAUGAAUUCCAAACUGGCUGCCAAGUAGGCUUAGUCUGCUGUCAUGCAUCGCUGUUGAUUGCAUGAUCCCUGCUGCGUUUGCGACAAGUUUGUGUUAAAAAAUAACCUCCUAGUGCAAAGAGCGUGGAUUUUAGAUGAACUGUUAACAACUGUGAAUUAUGUGAUAUACAAUGAAGUUCAGCUGUGCUCGUUGGAAUAAAAUGCAUUGUGUGUUCUACAUG